GUCUGAAAAAUUUAGCUCUCCUCUGCAUGUUGCCAGAAGGUGAAUCCUUCUCAGAGAACGACACUGUUUCAGUCGGUCCUCCCACAGAUGAUGCUCUGAAAAGUCACACUGGUGAUAAAGCAGUGAAGGGACGGGAUGAGAAACCAAGCACAGGCUCUUUUACGCAUUGCAGUGGGAAAGGACAUGCUCGCAGUGAAAUCCAGUCUCCUGCAGAAGAUAAAGUAGGAAAACAAGGAAGUGAAAGCAAAGCUGUCUUUGCAAAGAAAGCUGUUUUGAGACAAGAGUCAGACUUGUCUGUAGAUGAUACUGUUUCUCCAACAGAUGACUACCUCUUGGAGGACUCAGCCCAGAAGCAAGCAGAGAAGGUUUUAAUACCUAGCCAGGAACAAGUUUUUGCUGAAUGCUCCCAGAAGAGGAUUCUAGGAUUGCUGGCAGCUAUGUUACCACCUUUCAAAUCAUGGCAUAAUGUGAUCGCUGCUUUCACUGACCACUGCGUUAAGCAGCUGCCCUUCCAGCUAAAGCACACCAAUAUCUUCACUUUAUUGGUGCUGGUUGGGUUUCCUGAGGUGCUGUGUAUGGGAACUCGUUCUGUGUACAUGGAUAAUGCUAAUGAGCCUCAUAACGUGAUCAUCCUGAAGCAUUUCACGGAGAAAAACAGGGCAGUUGUAGUAGACAUCAAAACCCGAAAGAGAAAAACAGUGAAAGACUAUCAGUUGAUUCAGAAGUGUGGAGAAGAAGGCAGUGAUUCCCAGACCCAGCUGAGACAAUACCUCCAGCACUUCACUCUCAUAUCCACGCACCUACUGCAAACCAGCAUGGACAGUAGCUACGCUGAGGCAGUGGAAGCAACCUGGGUCCUGUCACUGGCUCUAAAGGGGCUUUACAGAACGCUCAAGAUUCAUGGCUUUAAGGAGAUCCAAGCCGCCUUUCUUCAGUCGGGAUUACUCAAGCUUCUAGUGAAGAAGUGUAGCAAAGGAACUGGCUUCAGUAAGACCUGGCUUCUCAGAGACUUGGAGAUUUUGUCGAUAAUGCUGUAUUCCUCAAAGAAAGAAAUCAGUUCCCUGGCUGAACGGGAGGAUACAGAACUGGAAGAAAGGGAACAAGAUCAAGAUGUGGAGCAACCCGUUGUUGGUCCUGUUGAUUUAGAGCAGAACAAGCUUGAUCCUCUGGAGGGUUUGGAUGAAGCCACCAAAAUAUGCUUCUUGAUGACACAUGAUGCACUGAAUGCACCUCUCCAUAUUCUUCGAGCCAUGUAUGAGUUGCAAAUGAAAAGAACAGAUUCUUUUUUCCUGGAAGUUCAAAAGAGGUUUGAUGGAGAUGUAAUUACAACAGAUGAGAGGAUCCGAACACUGGCUCAGAAGUGGCAGCCCAGCAAGCGCCUGAGGUUGGAGGAGCAGAGUGCAAAAGCAGUGGAUACAGAUAUGAUCAUCUUACCCUGUUUGUCAAAGCCUGUGCUCUGCGAUAAAGCAACAGAAGAAACCAAUCCGGUUGCCCAGAAACUGAUAACCAACACGGAGAGUGAUCUACAGCUUAGUUAUGCCAAGCAACGUCGCACUAAGAGUUCAAUACUCUUGCACAAGGAGCUGGACUCUCGAAGUAAAAAGGCUGUGAGGGACUACCUCUAUCGUGUAAAUGAGGCAACUGCUGUUCUUUAUGCCAGGCAUGUGCUGUCAUCGUUGUUAGCUGAGUGGCCAGAUGAUGUGGCAAUAAAUGAGGAAAUCCUGGAUCUUAGUGGCCCAGCCCAUAUGACAUACAUACUGGAUAUGCUUAUGCAGCUAGAAGAAAAGCAGUUGUGGGAAAAAAUUCUACAGAAAGUGCUGCAUGGGUGCAGCGAGAGCAUGCUGGGGACAAUGGCACUGACAGCUUGCCAGUUCAUGGAGGAGCCCGGAAUGGCAGUCCAGAUGCGCGAAUCUAAACAUCCGUAUAACAACAAUACUAACUUUGAGGAUAAAGUUCACAUUCCCGGUGCUAUCUACCUCUCAAUCAAAUUUGACUCUCAGUGUAACACAGAAGAAGGCUGCGAUGAGCUGCUCAUGUCCAGCAGCAGUGAUUUCCAGCAGGAUCGGCACAGCUUCAGUGGGUCUCCACAGAAAUGGAACGAUUUUGAGCUUCCAGGAGACACGCUCUAUUACCGAUUCACUUCUGACAUGAGUAACACUGAGUGGGGUUAUAAGUUUACAGUGACAGCAGGUCAUCUUGGAAGGUUUCAGACAGGGUUUGAAAUUCUAAAGCAGAUGCUGUCUGAGGAAAGAGUAGUUCCUCACCUCCCACUGGCCAAAAUCUGGGAAUGGCAGGUGGGGGUAGCAUGCCGCCAGACGGGUCACCAGCGUUUGAAGGCUAUCCACCUGCUCCUGAAGAUAGUGCAGUGCAGCGCCCAGAGGGACUGUGACCUCACCUUGCUGAAGCCACUUUGGCAGCUCUUCACCCACAUGGAAAACAACUUGUGUCAUGACGUGACCAAGCCUGGUAUUCUCCUUCCUCUGCAUCGUGCACUCGCGGAACUCUUCUUUGUGACAGAAAACAGAGUUACUGAGCUUGGAUCUCUGCAGGAGUAUUUGCUUGCCUUAAAUACCGAAGAUCAUCUUCAUCGCUGCACAGCACAGGCCCUGAAAAACAUUGCUGCUAUCAGCCUUGCCAUUAACUACCCGAACAAAUCUACAAGUUUCUGGAAUGUUUAA